UGCAUGCAUUUAUUUCUUUGCUUAAAAUAAUCUCCUUUUUUAACCUUCAUACGAUAAUUCUAAACAUUUCGGGAUUUUGAAGGUUAGACGUUUAGAUUUCUUAGAACAAAACAAUAUUAGGAGUAUUCUUGUUUUGUGUGUUCACUCGCAGCAGGAGGGGGUUUCUUUCCUUUUUAGUGCAGUUCGGUUUAUGUGUUGGUUUAUCUUCCACUAAAUCAAUCCAGAGAAAUUAAGUUUUACAUUUUUCCCAUACUCCCCCUCCCCCCUCAUCCACAUCCUUUCCCACCACUUGCUUUUACUCGAUGAAAAGACUUCUUUUUAAUCAUACUAAACUACAUAACUAUAUAGGUUUCCUUUACAACAAUUUCUAAAAGAAGCAUUUGAUGUUUUCCACAAGAGGGCACAUCAAACAAACAAGGAAUUCAAAGCAUAAAGCAACAGGACGAUUUAAUGUUAAAAAAGUAAAAGAAUAUGAACAACAGUGAAGCGGACCCCAUACACCCCUGCCCCACAGAAGAUGAUUACAAGUAUCUGGUGUAUACCGUUGUCUAUACCAUAGUUUUUUUCGGCGGCUUGCUGUUUAAUGGGGUUGCCGUGUAUGUUUUUUGCAUGGUCAGGAAAAAGAAGGGACAUUCAACUAUAUGCCUACUAAACCUUGCAGUGGCUGAUCUUGUUUUUAUAGUUUUCCUGCCUCUAAGGAUAACCUAUUACUACAAGGAUGGGACAUGGAUUUUUGGGGACAUUCUGUGUCGUCUUACUACAUUCUCUUUCUAUUGCAGCAUGUACUCCAGUAUCUUUUUCAUGGCUUGUUUAAGCAUUUUCCGCUAUAAGUCAGUGGUGCACACAGAAACAAUCAAAGUAAAGACAGCUCGAAAAGUUUGUGCAGCUAUCUGGGUUUUUACAGGUCUAAGUACAACACCCUUCCUACUUUCUGGUAUCAGUGUCCGGCAAAAUGCUACAAGGUGCUUUGAGCCUGCGGUGAUGUCAGCAUGGCAGAGGGUAAUGUAUAUGAACUAUUAUGCGUUGGUUGUUGGAUUUAUACUCCCGUUCCUGGCCAUUAUUGUAUGUAACGGAUUGCUCAUCAAACAUAUUGUGACCAUACCUAUGGAGAAGAAAACUAUUAGAAAGCAAGUCACUAUGAUAGUCUUGAUUCUUUUAGUUUGCUGUGUCUGUUUCUUGCCAUACCAUAUUCAAAGGACAGUUCAUCUACAUUACUUGCUUUAUCACCCAGACAUAUGCACCUUACAUGGUGUUCUUCAGAAGACUGUUGUUACAACACUGUGUUUAGCUGUUCUAAAUACCUGCUUGGAUCCUCUCUUAUAUGUAUUUGUAGGACAUGGUUAUAAAGCAUGGCUCCAAUUGCUAUGCAUGCCAAAAAUGGCUGCAAAUGUAAAAUCUUCAUCUACUGCCACAAGUGGUAUGCAGGAGGCAAUAGUAGAGGAAAUACCAAUGAAUGAAAAUGGUCAAAUGUCAAGUAAUGAACAAAACAAUGUAACACUUAUAUGCUUCAACCGCAAUCCUACAGAACCCCAACCUGUGGCCCAGGAUCCACUUUUGGCUUGCGACCCCAUUGUAUGUGACUCGCCGCAGGCAUUGUAAGCUGUAGGCAUGCGCAUGGGCAAUUUGAAAAAGUACUUUACAUUAAUAUUUAAUCCCUCCUCAUUUUCCAGUGAUAGAUGGGAAAUAUUACUUUUAUUAGAACCAUUUGAAAUGAGGGGGCAAAAGCAUAAAAAGGAAGCUUCAAUAGCAUUUUAUAUACAAUAACCAGUAUUACACACUACUAUUGUGGUGUCAAAGAUAGUGUCUUUUCUUCUUAUUGUUAAUCUAUGCUGAAUGUUGUUAGGCAUUAUAGGUAUGCUUUUGAGAAAGCUUCUUGAUCAUUUUAGGGUAUUUUCGCAUAAAUAUGGCCAUAUUUUCAGCCGCCAAAAAACAAAAAGUUUGAAUAAAAGUAAUAUUUUGAUACUUCUGCAUUUCUAGUUAUACAUGUAAAUAUAUUUUAUAGACUACUUUCAUGUAGAUAGAUAAAUCCCUUUUUAUUUUAUUUACAUUUUUUAACCAAAUGUCAAUUAAAGUCAAUUAACAUUAUUGCAGACACAUUCUAUCCUCCAAAUAUUGGUCCUUUUAUGGAAUAACGCUAGUGCCAACUAUCCAUCUGCAAAUGCUUGUCAAUUCAUUUAAUAUAUGUCCUGCUCAUUAUUAGAGUUUAAUAUGACUCCCAACAAGUUGAAUGUGGCGCACAAAGCAUAAAGGGUUGGGGACCUUUGUUCUAUUUUACCUAUACACAUGACAUAAGUAUAGCUUUCACUAUAUUUCUUCUACUAUAAACUAAUGAAAAAAUUAAGCACCACAUCCUAAGUGUUUUAGCAUGUGUGAUUACAUGUCAUAAAAUACGCCAUUAAAGAACUUGUUCUAAAUAGCAAAGUCCUGUGGAUAGGGAGAAACUAUAUGAUUGCAAGGGGCCCGAUUGCUGUGGCUCCCCUCCCCCAUCUUGAAAAUGGUCUACCAUCAGAAUACAAUGCCAGAGUGCACAUGAACAUCAAUACUCCAUUCAUUCUCUAGAUAGGAAAGAGACCCCUUAAAUGCAUGCCUAGCACAUUUGUAUUUUUUGUAUAUGAUUAUUGUGAUUUUUUAUUUUCAUUUUCCUUAAAGUGCAUCCAUCUUAUAAGAUAACUUUGUUUUUCUUGGAUUAUAUUUGAUAAAUCUUCAUCAUUUUGUUGGAUUAAUAGGUUAAUAAAAUAGUUAAAUGGUUUAAUUAAAUAGCUAAAAUUACACUGUGGGAAGAACAAGGUUCCUGUGUUAAUCCUAAAGGGAAUUAUGAUUGAUGAAUGCUUUUUUAUACUUUUGCAAAUGGGACCAAAGUGCAAACCACUUGAAUGGCUAAGGCUAGGUUCUGACUGAGGAUUCUCCAGCCAGAAAUAUUCCGACCAUCGAUUCAGAGGGCGGCCAUGGCAGACUGAAUUAGUUGGCUAUAGGACUACACAGACAUAUUUCAUGUGGAUUCCGAUAAAAGAAUGAGCCAGAUCAUUCAUUCGGUGACAGAAUUUUGGCGGUGCAAGCGGUUCUGCGCUGCAGUGACCAAUUUCCAUAGUCUGAACCUAGUGUUACUGCAGUUUUGUCCAGGUAAAGGAAACAUGGGGAGAUUUAUCAAAACCUGUGUAGA